AUGGGGGUGUGGUUGGCGGAGCUGCUAGUGGCCGAAAAGCAGAGGGCGAAUUUGUUGGUCGAGAAAGUGUCGUUUAAGGGUGUGGAUGUUGUAGAGAAUGCGAUUCCAUUAAAGAAUAUCAGCCUUGAUGUCAUGUUGAGAAACUACGAAAAGAAAUUAAACGAUUUACAAACCGCAGGGCUAUGGAAGGUGAAUGAUGUUAAACCGUGUGAAAAGGAAAACCAAGCAGGUAGAGCUUGUGUGGAAUCCAGUUGCCGCGAACUCAAGCCUGCUACACCCGAAGAAAGCCUGAAAAAUGUCUUGUCCACCAUGUCAGGACUGAACCCCGAAGAUCUCGGACUCUUAAUGGGGCUGUUCCCAGAGCCCCCUACCGGCAGGAGAGCAAUGUUCGUCACUGCCGCUUCCAGCAACCACUACAAUGAAUCUCAGGGUCUGAUAAGGAACCUCCAUCAGAAUGUCUUCCCACUGAUAAAUAACUACACAUUUGUAUAUUAUGAUCUCGGAUUGUUGCCAUGGCAACGACAACAGCUCAAGAAACAUUGUCGUUGUGAAGUGAGGAGCUUUCCGUUGACGUUUAUGCCGUCCAGGUUGCAGAAUCUCAAAUGCUACACGUGGAAACCAAUGAUUGUGCAAGCUAACCUACCUAAAGCAGACAUAUUGGUAUGGAUGGACGCCUCUGUUAGAUUUUCAAACAAUGACAUCAAACCCCUGCUGGAUGACGUAGAAAGACGUGGCAUGGUCAUUUACCCAGGUGGGCAUUCGGUUGCACAACAUACUCUACAGGUUGCAAUGAAGUACAUGAAAGAGGACAUCUGCAGCCUCGCUCCAGUCCUUGAACACCCAGCAACAUUCAUGGUGUUUGGGAACGAAUUGCUGAUAAGAGAGGCUGUUGUCAAACCCUGGGUGGCCUGUGCCAUUAGUCCCAAUUGUAUGUGUCCCCGAGACCCACAUCUUGACUUGUUCUGUAAUACUAACAUCCACAAUUACAAUAAGUGUCAUCGAUUUGAUCAGUCAGCUAUCAACAUCAUACUUGCCAAACUGUUUCGCGGUCACACAUCUACAUUUUAUUCGACAUACGGCAUGCACCCAAAAGUAAAGUUCAUGCGUGGUCAACGUGAUAAUUACUUUCAUGAACAAGAGCAAAAACGCAUUACAGGAAAAUAUGAUAAUUCAUUGACAAGUGGCCAUCUCGUCUCGUUGGACCACGUUAUGCAGGAUCAGUUGUCAUAG